AUGUUUAAAAACUUACCAAGACAUAUAGUUUUGGGAAUCUUAGAAUAUUUGAACAUGCAAGAUAUUGUAAGAAUGAGAAGAGUUAAUAGAUAAUUGUGGAUGACAAUAUCUGCUCAUUAUUAAAUGAGUGUAUUUUCUUGUGGUUCCUAAAUAGAUUUAUCAAAUUAUAAACUGAAGGGAGUGAUGUUAAAAAUAGAAGCAAAGGAUUCUGGAUUAUGUAAACAUAAAGCAUUAUAAAACUAUUUAAUGAAAUUGAGUACCGGAAGGAUAGAAUUGUCUUAUUAUGAUAGUGCUUAUUAGAAAAUAGGCUUUGAUGAAAUAGUAUAUGUAGUUUAGAAGGGAAAAGAAAAAGAAAUCAUAAGAAAUAUUGAAAUAGUUGGAGUAUCUCCAUCUUCAAUUAGUUUGUAUCCAAAUUCAUCAUCAUGUAAAAUACUAUCAAUUUUAUGUAUGAUACUUUAUAUGUGA